AUGGAUUUUGACGACCAAGACAAACCAAAAGAGGUUGCUAAAACCCGGAGAUUUGCACCGGUUCCUGCCGGAAAGCCCAAACCCAAACCUAAACCCGAACCUACGGCAGCAGAGAAACCCGACCCGCCUCCGCAAACUGUUGCUCCUUCGGAGUCUGUGAGCAAGAGUGAGCACGACGUUGAUGCGAAAUUCGUUGACUCCAAGGUUGAACCGGAGGUCUAUAAUGGCGUCGCCGUUAAAAGGGUGGUUGAUCCGAAAGUGGACAAGGAGCCAGAGCCGGAGCCGGAGACGACGGAAGAAGAAGAAGACGUUGUUGUGCGUGAAAUCGAUGUUUACUUCAAUCCGUCUAUUGAUGACAACACUAAGCUUUAUGUUCUACAAUAUCCCUUAAGACCGUCUUGGCGUCCAUACGAAAUUGAUGAACGAUGCGAAGAAGUUAGAGUGAAUCCCUCCACGUCUCAGGUGGAGAUUGAUAUGUCUAUGGAUGUAAAUUCGAGGAACUACGACUCCGAGUUUGGAAGUAAACUACAUAUGACUAAGCAGACAUUGACAACAACGUGGAAGCAACCUCCUACGUUGGAUUAUGCUGUUGGGGUUCUUUCAGGUGAUAAGUUACACUUGAAUCCUGUUCAUGCUGUCGCUCAGCUCCGACCGUGUAUGGACUAUCUUUCAACUAAAAAGAAACAAGAAGAAGCUAUUAAAGAAUCUGCGGGAACAUCGAAGAAACAGAACAAGGGAGCGCAGGCUUUGGCGGAUCAGAAACCAGUUAUUGAAGAAAAAUGGGUUUCACUCAAGUACCAUGGACUUGAGUCCGAGUUUUGCUCCAAAUAUCUUAUCGGAAUGAUGGCGAAUGAGAACUCUUCAAUAGACUUCACCAUGACCCCGUAUGAUAGUCUUCCUUGA